CGAAUUUCUUUUUCCCCAAGUGUUCACUGUCACAUACACUUACUCAAAUUUGGUGUCCCAGAAAAGAACAAGGAAGCUGUAAGUAACUGAGCGUCAUCAGUUGGUACCCAAAGCAGCAUUUGGUACCAAAGCUAACUCACGGCGGCGUUUUUCAAGUUCUUCAGCUAACUUACAAAUUAUAAGUAACUGCCCUUGUUGGGUUCAGUGCUUUUUCUUCAACCUGUCUGGUAGAGCGCAAAGCGGCAGAGUUCUCUCUAGUUUGGCUAUAUUAGGAAGCUACUGAUAAUUGUAAUGAUUGAAUGAAUCAAGGAGACAAAGGAUUGGCAAAUUGCAGGUGAGCCAUUGUAGCAGGAUAUCUAUCAUGUCAAAUGAUUAUGUGAAAGUUCAAAGGAGACCACCUAUGGAGCUCUUAACAUGCCCCCUUUGUUCCAACCUUUAUAGGGAAGCAACUACUGUAUGUGUCUGCCUUCAUUCAUUUUGCAGACAAUGUAAAUAUCAAAAACUUGAGGAGGACAACAGAAACCAUUGUCCAGUGUGCAAUGCCUAUCUUGGUUCCUUUCCCGAGGAGCUGUUAAGAAAUGACCAUAACUCGCGGGAACUUGUAAUGCAAAUUUUCCCCCUCGGAAAAACAAGUGGAGAGGAGAGUUCAGAAGCUUCUUCUGUUAAAAUUAAAAAUGCAGAAACUGCUGCACCUACUUUAACUGAAGCAAAUAUACAGCGUCAAGAUUUCAGCAUGCCAAGAGAAGCCAAGAGAAUUCAUGAUGACCGAGAUGUUACUAGAUAUAAUCUUCAUUUGAACGAAACACCAAAUGGGAGGUCAAAUCAUUCUGUAAAUGCCAUCAAGAAGCAGAAUCAAUUAACAGAGAUGGAAAUGCCUCAAAUUGCUUAUGUUUCAUCUGAACCUAUAGCUCAUGCAUUUUUUCUAAAAAAAUCAAAGAAAGGAGGUCCAUGCUGGGAAUAUCUGGCAGGUCAUGAAGAAGGUGAAACUUACAAGUCUAUCUUGAAUGAAACCAAGGGUCAUGCACAAGUGAAAAGGAGAAGAAGGACAAAGAGAAAGCCUUGCAAGUUUCUGACUGGCCAAAGAGAGGAUGGUUCAAUGAUUUGGACUGAGAAAGAGAUGCCAAAACCUGGUGCUAGUGAUCUUGGAAAGUCCAUUAAUUCAGGGAAACAAUUUGGUGGAACUUUAUCUUUAAAGGAGCUUCCUGGUUAUUCUUCACGCCCUGUCUGGUUUUGUCUGCUUGCAUGUCAAGAAAAGAAAGGCAUGGCAUUGCCUCAGAUACCAAAACCCUUUAUUAGUACCAGGGACGGAGACCUAGCAGUAUCCUUUGUGAACAAGUACCUCGCUAGGAAGCUAAACCUCAAACAUGAAUCUGAGGUGGAAGUCAUGUGUUUAGGUCACUCAUUGGUCCCAACAUUAACGCUUAACAACCUGAUAGACAUAUGGGUAGAUGCCGUAUCGAAUAUGGGACCAAUGUCGGUUAACUGUAAUGCAGACAAUGGUAAUGGCGGAAACUUUGUGAUGGAAUUAACAUAUAGAAGAACCAAGAAGCAGAGAGCGCUGCAGUCAAAUUUGGAUUUGAUGGAACCGUGAUAUCCUCCACCAGCGGAUGAUUUUCUUGUUGCUGAUGACCAUUUCAGAUUAUCCAGUGUGGUAAAUUGGUAAUUUUCAUAAAACAGAAAUAUCUGAAAUGGAUGCUGUGAAUUGAAAGAAGGAUUCCAAGUCCCGACCUUGCUACAGGAGCGUGAUAUCUCCUUAUUGUACCUAGAAUACAACUGUUUCAAUCAAUCAUAUUUGUCGUUUUUGUUCAUUAUUGCGUGUUGAUUUCACUAGUUUUGGCCGACUGAUAUCAACUCAGGUCAUCUUAAUAAUUGCAAACUCAGUCCUAACGACAAGGAAGUUUGUUGUACAAUGAACUUGUCCACCGUAAGUUUCAUUCAGCUCAUUUCCUCUA